GGGCCGGGCAGUGCUGUGGGCUCCCACAGGACCUGGAUGCUGUAGGACGAUGCUGUGUGCAGCCUCUGGCCGGGUGCUGCUGGUGCUGGUGACCCUGUCCCUCAGCUUCGCAGACGAGGAGUUGCUGUGUGCCUGUGAUGUGCCCCACUGCAGCAAGCCCAACUGCACGGGCAAGGUGUGCUUUGUCAGCAAGAGGAGGGAGGAGGGGAUCAUCACCCAGCACCGGGGCUGCUUCUCCCAGAACAUCCAGGAGCACUGCCACACACCCGUGACAGAGCAGUAUGGCAUGAAGUGCUGCAACUUCCACAUGUGCAACGCCGAGCUGGAGAUCUUCCUGCAAGGAGAAGAUGCCCUGGUAAAGACACCUUCCCUACCCAACCUCCUCCUGAUGAUCUUCAUCCCACUGCUCUCCCUCCUUGUCCUCGUGGCACUCAUAGCACUCUUCUGCUGGAAGGUGGCCCAGCACCGCCACAAGCACAGUGAUUUUGGUGACACAGACCUCAUGCUGAAGGCAUCCAUGAUGGGAGACAGCACCUUAGAGGACCUGCUGAAUGAUGACUGCACCACAGGCAGUGGUUCUGGGCUGCCUUUUCUUGUCCAGCGGACGGUGGCUCGGCAGAUCACCCUCAUGGAGUGCGUGGGUAAAGGGCGCUAUGGCGAGGUGUGGCGAGGUGUGUGGCACGGGGAGAGCGUGGCCGUGAAGAUCUUCUCCUCCCGGGAUGAGCAGUCGUGGUUCCGUGAGACAGAGAUCUACAACACCGUCCUCCUCCGGCACGACAACAUCCUGGGCUUCAUCGCCUCUGACAUGACGUCCAGGAACUCCAGCACGCAGCUGUGGCUCAUCACCCACUACCAUGAGAACGGCUCUCUCUAUGACUACCUGCAGAGGACAGCCCUGGACGUGGAGACCUGCCUGGGCUUGGCCUCCUCCAUCAUCUGUGGUCUCGUCCACCUCCAUGUGGAGAUUUUUGGCACGCAAGGCAAACCUGCCAUCGCCCACCGUGACCUGAAAAGCAGGAACAUCCUGGUGAAAAACAACCGGCAGUGCUGCAUUGCAGACCUGGGGCUGGCUGUCAUGCACUCCCAGGGCAGCGACUACCUGGACAUUGGCAACAACCCCCGGGUGGGCACCAAGCGCUACAUGGCCCCGGAGGUGCUGAGCGAGCAGAUCCGCACCGACUGCUUCGAGUCCUACAAGAAGACGGACAUCUGGGCGUACGGGCUGGUGCUCUGGGAGAUCACCCGGCGGACGGUGGUGAAUGGGAUCGUGGAGGAAUAUCGGCCACCCUUCUUCGACGCCGUGCCCAGCGAUCCUAGCUUCGAGGACAUGAAGAAGGUGGUGUGCGUGGACCAGCAGACCCCCGUGAUCCCCAACCGCCUCUUCUCCGACUCGGUUCUGUCGGCACUGGCCAAGAUCAUGAAGGAGUGCUGGUACCAAAGCCCCUCGGCCCGUCUCACCGCCCUGCGCAUUAAAAAGACGUUGAAGAAGUUGAACAAUUCCGUAGAGAAGCCAAAACCGGAGCAGUGA